GGCGCUAUUUAUUGGAUGUGAUUUUUGUUUUGCACUCACACACAGAGCACGGAGUCCAAAUUUUUGUUGUAUUUUGUGAUUUUUUAAGUAAUCAAAAUGGAUAGUGGAAUGGCGCAGAAGACGUGGGAAAUUUCUAAUAGUAUUGAAACUAUUCAGAGCGUGGAUGAAAUCUACAAAUUUGACAAAAAGCAACAGCAGGAAAUUCUGUCAGCUAAACCGUGGACGAAAGACAACCAUUAUUUCAAAUACAUCAAGAUUUCAGCCUUGGCACUUCUGAAGAUGGUGAUGCAUGCGAGGUCAGGGGGCAAUCUGGAGGUCAUGGGCUUGCUCAUCGGAAAGGUUGACGGUGAGACCAUGAUAGUAAUGGACUGCUUUGCCCUGCCAGUGGAAGGCACCGAGACGAGGGUCAAUGCCCAGGCAGCAGCUUACGAGUACAUGGCAGCGUAUAUUGAGAACGCUAAGCAGGUUGGUCGUCUGGAGAAUGCAAUAGGCUGGUACCACAGUCAUCCCGGCUACGGGUGUUGGUUAUCAGGUAUCGACGUCGGGACCCAGAUGUUGAACCAGCAGUUCCAGGAGCCGUUUGUUGCCAUUGUGAUUGACCCAGUAAGGACAAUAUCAGCUGGCAAAGUCAACCUGGGCGCCUUCAGAACCUAUCCAAAGGGAUACAAACCACCAGACGAGGGGCCCUCAGAGUAUCAGACCAUCCCCCUCAAUAAGAUAGAAGACUUUGGAGUUCACUGCAAGCAGUAUUACUCGCUGGAUGUCUCCUACUUCAAGUCGGCGCUGGAUCGCAAACUCCUGGAUUCGCUGUGGAAUAAAUACUGGGUCAACACUCUCAGUUCAUCCAGUCUCAUCACAAAUUCUGACUACACCACGGGGCAGGUCGGCGAUCUAUCGGAGAAGCUGGAGCAAGCGGAGGCCCAGCUGGGAAGAGGCAGCUUCAUGGUUGCCAUGGAUCAUGAGAAGAAAGCGGAGGAUAAACUGGCGAAAGCCAACAAAGAUAGUUGCAAGACAACGAUAGAGGUUAUCCACGGACUCACAUCACAAGUUAUCAAGAACAGACUCUUCAACCAGGUUAACAAUCACUGACAGCAGUUAAGUGUGGUUUACUAGUUGAUUAAACCAAGUUUUGAAGUUAAACUUACAUUUUGUAAAUACUAGUAUUUGUCAAGAAUAGGCUUUUAAAUAAAUGCAGGCCUUGCUGACUGGGUUUUCCAGUGAAUCUUACCGUUAACCAGCUUUUAAACUGGUAGAAAUGUGGUAAACCAAGUCUGGCGGUAAACUGGUAGAAUUGUGGUAAACCAAGUCUGGCGGUAAUUGUGGUAAAUCAAAAUGUUGUUUAUCAGAUAAAAACAACAUACAGAUAAGCCAAUCCAGUUGCUGAAAGUAACUCUUGACUUGUAUUUAGCAAGGUUAAUCCAGUCCUAGUUUAGGCC